AUGUCUACUGAGCGUGUUUUCUUUGUUGGUGGCACAGGUAACAUUGGUGCAAAAGCUGUGAACGAUCUGUUGGAAAACAAGGUGGCCGUUACCUUGUAUGCUCGAAAUCCUGAAAAAGUCGACACAUUAUUCAAAAAUUAUGCAGACAGUGAUCUUUUGAAAGUGGUGCAAGGCGACUACGACGACUUGACUCCACUCAAAGACGGCAUUCGUGGUCAUACACGUUUGUUCUUGUUGAUUGCAGAUUUUAGAAACUUUCCUAAAACCAAGGAAACCAUUGCGAAAUAUGCUUACGAAGCGGGUGUGAAGCAGAUUGUGGAUAUCUCAUCUUUCACUGUCAAUAUGGGUUGGAGACAAGGCAUGAUUGGCUCCAACCAUUACUAUGGCGAAAAGUUGAUUUAUGAUAUUCCUCAUCGUGGCUAUUUCGUUGCCUUGCGUCCAGGCCGUUUCAUGUCCAACCUGUUCAACAUGAUCCGUCCUUUGACCGAAGGCGCCUACUAUAGCAUAAGCCCCCCAGAUGCGCCCGAGGGUUGGGUGUCUCCCAAUGACAUUGGCGCAGUAGCAGCGGUUAUUUUACGCGAAGAUAUUCACAAGCACGGGGACGGCGUCUACAUGCUCACGAGUGAUGUCAUGACCGCCAACCAAGUCGCAGAGACCCUCUCUUCGCUUUGUGGCCGUGAUAUUCCUUACAAGCAGAUCACGCCUGUAGAAUUGUACAAAAAGAUCACUUCUCAUGGCGCUCCUCACCUCUUGGCUAUGGACCUUGUAGAUGGAUUAGCCACUGAAAGUCUUGCCAACGUCAAUGCUUGUAUCGAAAUUUUAACAGGACGAAAGCCUGAAACAUUAAAAGAAUAUUUAUCCAACAACAAGGCCCUUCUUCAAUAA